ACAGCCUCCGAGGCUCAGUAGUGAGCCAGACGCCGCUCCCUCUGGUCACCUCGUGCCCGCGGACGAGCGCCUUCGACAAUCGCGCACGCGCACACUCGCACGCACUGCCCCGGGGCGCGACUUGUCAGUCUGUGGCAUAAGUGACGGGCCUCUCGUGUGGAGAGAUGAGGAUGCUGCUGGCGCUGUUGUCGGCGGCGGCGAGCCUCGUGCCGGGGGCGCUGGCCGUGCCUGGCGAGCGCUCGGCCGUCAUGGGCGACCUGCACUGGUGCUCGACGCUGUGCCUGUGCCACAAGGGGAUGGAGAUGCAGUGCUUCGACCGCAGCCAGAUCUACGCGCUGCUGCAGAUCAACUCGCACUACGCCAUGAAGCUGGAGCGCGCCGAGUGGCUGCUGGAGGAGCGUGUGCACUGGUGCAACGACCUGUGCCUAUGCCACACCGGCAACAACAAGGAGUUCCAGUGCAUCGACGAGAGCAAGCUCGAGGAGUUCAUCGGCGAGUCGGUGGACGGCGCCCUCCUAUACAGCACGCGGCCGCGGGAGGAGGCGGCGGCGGUGGACGAGGCGGACCAGCAGGAGGAGGCCGAGGCGGACCACAGGAGGAGGUCGGAGGAACGCAAGAGGAAGAAGCAAAGGAAGAACAAGAAGCGAGUGAGGGAGGACGAGGAGGAAGAGGAGGAGGCCCUUGAGGACACCGCGGCGUCAAGCCCGCCCCAUGAGGACGCCCCCGCCGCCCAUACCACCACGCCCCUGCCCGCUGCCGCCCAGCCCUCGCCCGCAGAGCCUGAGGGCGACGCCGAGCUGUUGCCCAAGCAGGAGGCCGUCGCCGCCAGCCCCGCCGUGACCGCCAUGCAGCCGCCCUCGCGCCGCCAGCCGCUCCCGCCCACGCCGCCCGCCACCCAUGCCUCGCACGCCUCCACGCGCGAGGGCGGCAGCCCCGUGCCGGAGGUGUCAGCCGUGAGGGAAGUGCCCGUCGAGCGCAAGACGGUGGCGCUGGAGGUGUCGCAGGACCUGGACGAACUGGGCAGCGCUGUCAUGCAGAUCAGGAGCGACGUGGUGCUCAACCAGCGCAUCCUGCUCGUCACCGUCGCCGUCGCCGGCAUCGCCAUGCUCGGAGUGCUGAUCCUGGCGGUGCACAGUUGCGCGCGCCGCCGCCAGAUGGCCGCCGAGGAGAAGCAGACGCGCGACCAGCCGAAGGACGACCACCACGUCACCAAGAUCAACCGCGAGGAAGAAUGGUGACUAGGUCUUGGCUCCUCCUCCUCCUCCUGCAUCACCUCGCCUCCGACGCGCGUUUGGGAGACCAGAGACUCCUCGGGGGCGGUCAUCUCCACCCAGUGGGAGGUGUCGACAGACGCCCUCGCCCGCAGCGGGAAGCACGCCAGCUGGGAGGAAUCGACGGCCUUCCGGGAGGUGUCUGCCGGCGGUCCUGGACGCUUCAAGGUGUCCAGGGUGUGAUGGGGACGCUGUACACACUGCCACACACACCACACGCUUCCUUCGCUUCUUUUUGAACACGCCCUUGCUCUGUUCGCUCUUCGCUUCUUCGGUUUUCUUUCUUUCUCUCUUCUUUUGUCUUAUUUUUAGUUGUCUUUCUCUCUUCGACUUGUCUUCCUUUCAGCAUUUAUCUACUUCUGUAUUCAGGUUAGGCAUUUUUCCUAACAGAUCUCACCGCGCGUUUUUCUGUAUUUUCUUUUUUUAUUCUUUUUUUUUUCUUUCUUUUUUUUUGAGAAGGAGGAGUCACAAGCGCCUUUUUUUUUACUAAAAAAUUCCAUUUUAGAAUUAUCAUUAUAUGAUAGAUUAGAUUAUUAUACAUAUCUCAGCGACAGUUAACCCCGUGAGAAUUACAAAAAAAAAAAAAAAAACAUCUCAAUAUUACAAGUUAUUUUUACUUAUUAUUCUCGCGCGGUUUCUGUUCCAGCUCUGUUCACUUAUUUUAAACGUAGUGUAGUUCAUAUUGAUUUUUUUCACAAGUAUACAAGUAUACCAGAUAUGUAAAUGUACCAGACGCGUAUGUAUAUAGAACAGGGAUUCCUAAAGUUUGCAAAAGGGUAUGCCAGUUGUAAUAAAUAUUUUCCAUUUAUGAGUUCGUGGUCAGAGGGUAAAGAUUUUUUUCCGCAAAAGGUCAGAUGAUCAAGUAACAGAGAAUCACUCGAAAACUCUAAAGAAACGGGAAAUUACAACCAGUAGGCCUAUACUUUUUUGAGACUUUCUUUUUUGGAAUCGCUGGUUAUAGACAUUUAAAAAAAAGAAAGAAAAAAGAUCGUGUUGGGAGUGCAUACAUCAC